AUUAGGUUAGAAACAAAAGAAGAACAAAGUCAGACGUUUGGCUUUAUUCAGUGGAGGAUGUGCAAAGAAGGCCAAGGGACUUUGCCUAACUUUCUGCAAGACUAAAGUUUCUGGGGAAGAAGGUUGAGGUCGUUUGAAACUUUGUUGGGAAAGAUGGACUGCAGUGACCUAAAACCAAAGAAGAUGCAACGAUUGAAUUUCACCAGCGGAUUGGAGUCUUACUACAUUUUAAAGAGUUUUCAACUUUAAAAGUGGUAAGAAUUAUUUGUCAAGUAUGAGGUUAUUUUUGAAAAUUUAUAGCUACAUAUUUGAUGCCAAUUAUAAGGAAGCUGGUUAGCCAAAAAUUUUGUUUUUGUAUGUCCCUGAGUUCUGGAUGCAUUAUUAUUUCAUUCUACACCUUGUUUUUCGGAUUUAUUAAUGCGGGUACCACAGUCGAUGAAGUUAUAUACAAAAAAUCUCUGAAAACUGAUAUAUGGGCGAAAUGGUUUAAUGUGUUUCAUAUUGGACUGAUGAUCGCAGCUGCAGUUGUUCUGUUGAUAUCUGUUAUGACGAAAUACUCAAAGGUCGUUUUUGUAUGGAUGGCAAUGUAUAUCAUCCACGUGAUAUCGUACUAUAUCGUCUUCAAUGCAUUGGUAAACACUCGCAACCCGUUCCUUAGCAGUCCUUUGUCAACAUCCAUUUAUGUCCUAAUCAAUGUGCUGACCCUGGUCAUAGAUAUAUUUUUCAUGAUCAUAGUCUUUUCAUAUUAUUAUGUAAAGAAGCAUCCAGAUGAAUUCAGACCCCCAUGUAUUGACAAAUAAAGCCCGUUAAAACUA